GCUGUAUAAUAUGAAACCAAACAAGGAUAUACAUCUUCUUGGUACGGGCAUCACUCUCAUAAAACAAAGUACUAUAAACCCCGAAGGUUUCAGACUGCCUUAUAUGUAGCUCUCGCCCGGGAGAUAUGGAUUCUAGCACGACAUCCAACAUGGCGCAACUCGAUCUGAAUAAUACCUUUGGUGUGCUGUAUAUCAGCACUGCUAUUGGUGCAAUUUUUUUCGGUCUGAGCAUUGUCCAAGCGUUUCUUUACUUCCAGACACACAAGGGGUCAGGAAUCACAUUCUACAAACUUGCGGUAUGCUGGCUCUUGUUUCUCGAUGCCUUGCAUGUCGCUCUCGUUAAUUUUACGGUAUAUCAUUAUCUGAUCACCAACUACAUCAAUCCAUUAGCACUUUUUGAGAUUGUGUGGAGCUUUAAGGCGCAAACGAUCAUCGACGUAAGUUAGAACAAGCGAUCUAUUGCGUGAUAUACUUCAUUUCAUGGAUUCUCAGGCACUUAUUGUGUUUAGCGUGCACCUCUUAUAUCUGCAGCCGAUAUGGA